AUGACCCAGGUUGAGUGCAGCCAGAACCAGCUAAACUACGCCAACUACGACGACGAGCGGAGACAGAUGGCGCAGUCGUUGUUCUACCAGCUCACGAUGUAUACGGAGGGCACCCCGCUCGGCAUCAUCCGCAAGGUCAGCAACCAAGACGGAUUCGAGGCGUACCGCAGGCUGAGCUCCCAGUAUGACCUUCAGAACAUGGGCAGCAUCCUGUCGAGACUGAUGAGGGCGCUGGAGUUCGACUUCGGCGGAGAAGCGGAGUUCCUCGAUAACAUGGCGAAGUUCGAGAUCUCGAUCGAGGAGUACGAGAAGCUGGCGAGCGAGGCACUCAGCGACAACAUCCGCUCGGCGGUCUUGAUCGCGCGAGCCCCUGAUGCCUUGAGGAACCACGUGCUGCUGGGAACACCCAAGGAGGAGAUCCAGUGGGCGAGGAUCAAGAAGGUGGCCGCCGACUUCCUGCUCACGAAGCAGUCCAUGCCUGGUGGCCCUGCGCCGAUGGACAUCGGCGCCAUCAACAGCAAGGGCGGAAGAGGACACGGCAGGGCCAAAGGCAAAGGCACGGGCAAAGGCAAUGACACCAGAGGUAAGGGCAAGGACAGGAGCAGCGGCGGUGGCCUCGCCGGCGGAGAGAAGAAGUUCCAGGGACACUGCGGACGAUGCGGCAAGUGGGGGCACAAACAGAAGGACUGCUACGCCAAGAUCCACAACGUGAGCACCUGGGACGGCAGCGCCUGGGACGGCAACACCUGGGACGAGAAGUGGGGGAGCUGGGGCACCACCAACGAGAAGGAGAAGGGUGCGGCUUCCUCCCACGAGGACGCCAGCGCCUCCAUCAGUGCCAACGCCCUCCAGUGCUCCGAGUGCGAGGACGCUGCGUGGAUCUUCGCCGUCGGCGCGCUUGAGGGCCCGAGCGGAACAAGAGUUGGCCAGACGGUUGAUAUCAUGGUGGACACUGGCGCCAACAAGUCGGCGUGCGGGCCCAGCGACUUCCCCGACUACCCCACCAUGCAGGACAAGAGGCUGGAGAUCAAGGUCGCCAACGUGACCUCCUUGAAGCACUUCGGCGACAAGCAGGUGAACUUGAAGACGCAGAACGACGACGAUAUCAGUGUGAGAUUCCACGUCGCGGGGGUGACGCAACCGAUCCUGAGCGUCAACAGCAUCAACAAGGCAGGAGCUGGGGUGGAGUUCCCACCGUCCGACUCGACGGGCCCACCCUCGAUCACGCGGGAUUCGAGGAGCGGGCGAUCGCGGCUUGGGCUGAAGAGGAGGCUCGGCCUGUUCUUCCUGCGCGCGACGGUGAUGAGCUACGUCGGCACCAAGAUCGGCGCGGACGGCCUGGUCGUCAACAACACGGCGACGGGCGUCCCCGAGGAGUACAUCGCUGCGCAGGUGGACCAGCCGAUGGAGCAAGAGGUCAGGCCCGAGGCUACGGUGAUGACGGCGCCAAGGGAGCCGACACGAGCCGAGAGGAAGGUUCACGAGGUCGCGGCGGCCAAGGUCGCGAGGGACAUCGGCAACAACGCGACCUUCAGGUACACACCGAAGACGAGCAAGGGGAGCAACAGCAUGGUGGAGAGGUUCCACUCGUUCAUCGAGGGCAUGACGAGGACCUGGAGGAGAGCCAUCGGGGCGAAGUACGGUAUCGUGAUCGAGUUGAGGCAUCCCCUGAUGGCCUGGAUCGUGCGCCACGCAUCGUGGACCCACGAUCGCUUCCUCGUCCACCGCUCCGACUACACGGCGUCAUACGAGCGUCAGCACGAGAGGCACUACGCCAAGAAGGCCCUACCAUUCGGCGAGACGGUUAUGUGGAGGCAGCCUGGGCCCAUCGUCGCCAGGUUCGAGUCCGCGUGGGGCUGCGGCAUCUACCUCGGGCGGUCGUUGGAGGACGACUCCCACAUCUGCGGCGCCAGGCGCGGCAUCGUCGUGGCGAGGUCCAUGCGGAGGCUCGUGGAGAGCGAGCGCUACGACAAGCAGCUGCUCCUGGCCAUGAAGGGCACCCCGAGCGACACGAAGGCGCCGAAUGCAUCUACGCCAGUAGCAGACAGACCAGCCCUCGACCUCAACCUCCCGCAGCCCGCCAGGCUUCCGCGACCUGCGGACGCCGCGCCCGAGGAGGGGCAGCGGGCCGCGGCGGAGAGCGCAGCUGCACCUGAGGUGAAGCGUGCAGCAGUCGAGGAGCCGCAGAGCUCGGCUGGCAAGCGGGCCAGCGAUGAGGCGCCUGCGGAAGGCGAGGCGCACAAGGAGAGGAGAAUUGGCACGGUGAAGGUUGGCAGCGUGUCCGUCGCCUACUUGAUGGGCUACCCCGACGACACCGAGCUCUGUACGCCGUGCGAGCUCGACCCCAACUUCGAACUGCUGAGCGAGGCGCACUACGACGACGACGACGGUGAGUGCCUCGACCCCGACGCCGUCCGCGAGGGGAUCAAGAGGGAGGCGAACUUCAUGGAGUCCCUCGGCGUCGGUGAGGUCGCGGCGCGCCCCCGCGACAAGAAGGCGUGGGGCACGAGGUGGUGCCACCGCAAGAAGGGUGAGGGGGUUCGCAGCAGGUUCGUCGUGAAGCAGUUCAGGGACGCCCAGGCGGGGGACUUCUUCGCCUGCACCCCGCGCACGGAGGCUGUGCGCGUGCUGAUGGCGGCGGCGCAGAUGCUCAAGCACGUCAUCGUGACGACGGACUUCAGCGUGGCGUUCAUGCACGCGCCCGUGAAGGACGGCACCGAGAUCUACGCCGUGAUGCCGCCCGAGUACGGCAUGGGGCAUGGAUACGUGUGGAGACUGAAGAGGUCUCUGUAUGGGCUCAGAGAGGCAGCGCUCCGAUUCCAAGAGCUCCUGGAGAGCAUCGUGGUCGGGAUUGGUGUCAAGGUCUGCAAGGCGGAGCCCACCAUCUACCAUCACACCGAGAAGGGCAUCAGGGUCGUGGUCCACACGGACGAUCCUCUUGCCUCAGGUCCCACGCGGGGAGUGCUCGACGAGUUCUUCGACGAGCUGGCCAAGCACCUCGCGAUCAAGGGACGGUACGUCCUGGGCGAGACCCCCGUGAUCUACCUCGGCUCGUCGCUGCAGAGGCUCGGGGACGUGAUCGUGGAGAAGAGCAAGCCCGGGUACGUCGAGAGCAUCCUCGACGCGGCGGGGAUGCUGGGCUGCAGGCCUGUGGGCACGGCUGGGGUCAGGCCAGACCUCACUCCGCCCGGAGCCGAGCAGCCGCUCAACAGCGAGGAGCACUCGCUGUACAGGAGGUGCUGCGGGAAGAUCCAGUACGCGAUUCCACGGAGGCUGGGCGUGAUGUACCCGCUGAAGGAGCUCGGUCGUCGGCUGAGCGAGCCGCGGGCGGCCGACAUGAAGUGCCUGAAGCACCUCCUCCGCUACCUCAGCGGGACGGUCGACCUGGCCAUGGUCCACCGCUCCACGAAGGACUACAAGCGCAUCCGAGGUAGCACCGACUCGGACUGGGCGGGAUGCCACGAGACCCGCAAGUCGACAGCAUGCGGGAUCGUGCGGUGGUGCGGGGUGGUCGUCAGCGCCUACGCCCGCACGGAGUCCGUGCUCGCCCAGUCGAGCCCUGAGGCCGAGUACCUGGCGGCCGUGGAGCUGGCGGCGGAGAUGCUGUACGUGAGGGAGCUCGUCAAGUUCAUAGGCUUCGACACGUCGCUGGAGAUCGAGUGCGACGCGUCCUCCGCCAUCGCGAUCGCCUCGCGGCGUGGACUCGGCAGGUUGCGACAUCUGGAGGUGAAGUGGCUAUGGCUACAGCAGCUGGUCGGCACGGGCCAGAUCCACGACGUUGGGGCGAAGUUCCUGGGGAAGGGUGCGCUCGAGAAGUGCCGCGCCAUGCUCGGUCUGGUCCCGAUCGACGCCCUCGGGAAUGGCAUCGUGGCCGCCCUGAGUGCGUCCCGAGGAGCACGGUACCUGGCGGCGUUCAUGGUCCUCGCGAACGGCGUGAGGGCCCAUCCAGGCACGCCCGACGGCGGACCCGACCCACGCCUGGCGAUCGUGGUGGCCUGGUCGGUCUUCUGCAUGCUCGUGGGCGUGAUGCUGUGCUGGUGCGGCUGGUGCCUGCGCCUAUGCCUCCCGAGGGGCGUGCUGCUGUUCCACCUGGACACGGUCGGGACCUCGAUCCACUCGAGUCCAAAUUGCCAGGCUCUGCGCGAUCGGCAUCACCCGCUGGUGACGAGGAGCGGGUGCCUGAUCUGCGCUCGGGUGCUGGGCCAGGGGGUGCGCAUGCUGCACCGCGGUCGCGGAGGCGCCGUCUCGUGA